AUGCAAUUUUUUCUAUAUUUCAUCGUUCUAACAGGGAUUUUGUAGUCAGGAGCCACAAUUAUUAAUUAGCCAGGAAAUUCAAUACAAAACUAAGUUGUUUAGUUUCCUUAAUAUGCUUGUCUAAAUGGCUAUUUUUUUAAUGGUUAGAUUUGUAGCCAAUGUCAAUCGAUGUAAAAUGGAUUUUGCACUUGUUCAAAGUACGGCGAAUGUGAUCAAAUAACUUGCACAAUCGGUUUUUAUUUAGUUGGAAGGUAUUGGCUAAUUUAUAAUUGUAUAGUUAAUGUGUGUAAAACCCAGAUUCCAAUUGUCUGAAGGGAAGUUUAAGCUCUGAUGGUAGUACAGUGAUUUGUCUCCAAUGCAGUGGUUUAACAACAUUAAUAGGUAAAUAUAAUAGAUAGAGAUAGGGGGAAUAUGCAUUGCAAAUAAUAAUUGCUAAUAAUUUGAUGCUACAACUGGAAUCUGUAAAUAAUGCCAGAGUGGAUAUUUCACUUCUGUAGGUCUAGGUUACGAAGAUAGUUAGACAGUGAGUAGUGCAUAUUACCUGUCAAUGAAUCAAUGCAAAUAAUGUUUAUCAAAUUGUUUGUCUUGUUAAAACGAGUAAAAUAAAGAUUUUAUAAAUUAGACAAUUGUGCAAAGUUUGUUCAAGCGGAUACUUUUUAUAAGAAAGUAAAUGCUUUUAGUGUAUAAAUUAUGUUGCACAUUGUUAAACAUGUGAAACAUCAUCUAAAUGUACAUCUUGUGAUGCCGAAUAUUAUUUAAAUAAUAAUCAAUGUUUAAGUUGUACAUAAUAGAUCAAUAAUUGUUCAAGUUGUUCGCUUGAUUAAUCUAAUUAGUUGGUGUGCUCAAAGUGUAAGGUUGGAUCAUAUUUAAACAAUAAUCAAUGCCCAUUAUGCUCAACAUCAAUUUCAUACUGUCAACAAUGUUAGAAUUCAACAACUUGUCAGGGUUGCUAUAAAGGAUUUUAUUUGAGUUCUAAUAUGUGCAAGAUGUGUUCAGGUUCUAUAUCUAACUGUCUAUUUUGUUCUGAUUCCAAUACUUGCAACACUUGUUAAGAUGGUUAUUAUUUAUAGGGUAAUGCAUGUAUAAAAUGUUCGAUUUCACUUUCUAAUUGUGGCACUUGUUCUAACUCUUAAAAUUGCACUGGGUGCUUGCCUGGCUAUUAUUUAGACGGUAAUAAGAUUUGUUAAACUUGUUCUGGAUCUAUUAAUAAUUGUAGCAUUUGUACAAAUUCUACAAAAUGUGAUAAAUGUAAAACUGGAAAUUAUUGGGAUGGCACAAAUUGUUAAGCUUGUACUGAUACAAAUUGUACAGAGUGUUCUAAUAAUUCGAGUUGCUCCACAUGUUUAGUAGGGUUUUCAACAGACAAUACUAAAUGCACAGCUUGUUCUUCUGUUCAAUGUACUACUUGUACAGGUGAAAAUUAUCUUUAUGAUGGAUCAUGUUCAACUUGUUCAUUAGAAAUGAAUGGAUGUAAAUAUUGUGGUUAUGAUGGCAAUAAUCUAAAAUGCACUCAAUGUGUGCCAGGAUAUGAUUAACCUGCUUCUAAUACAUAACCUUGUCAAAGUGAUGGAGGUGCUAAUUGUAAUGCUCAACAAUUUCCUUAUGGGAAUACAUGCAAAAGUUGCAGUUAAGGAAUUGCACAUUGUUCAGAAUGUUCCUAUUAAAAUCAGUAAUUAGUAUGUACAAAGUGUGAUACAGGUUAUGAUUUAGGUGGAUCAUGCGAACCUUGUCAAAGUUCAUCAGGAUCAGGUUCAGGCUCUGGAUCAUCAUCAGCUGAUUGUUAAAAAUGUGCUUAAGGAACAUAUUUUGAUGGUGCCUCAACUUCUUGUAAGACUUGUUCAGGCAUUCAAAAUUGUUCUACAUGUUCUAAUGCUUCUACCUGUACAAAAUGUAUAACAGGCUAUUACUGGAAUAAUUCUUCAUGUGUUUUAUGUGCUAAAACAAUUUUUAACUGUGGUGAAUGUUCAGAUAGUUCUACUUGUACAUAAUGUUUACCUGGAUUCAUUUUAGAUGGAAACAAUUGCAUUCCAUGUUCUUAUUUCAUUUCAAAUUGCUUUGUGUGCAAAACCAAUUCAACUUGUUUACAAUGUGCUUCAGGUAAUUACCUUAAUGCUCAAAAUACUUGUUCACCUUGUGAUGACUCAAAUUGCAUUAAUUGUAGUUAAUCUCCGUCAUAAUGUACAGCUUGUGCUUCAGGAACUUAUCUAAAUGGAACUUAAUGUUAAAGCUGCUCCACUAUCAGUAAAUGUAUUGCAUGUUCAACUAGUUCAAAAUGUACUGCUUGUUAAUCUGGCACAUUUCUGAAAAAUGAUUAAUGUCAGACAUGUGAUGAUUAAAAUUGUACUCAAUGUAACUCAUCAUCCAAUUGCACAGCAUGUGUAGCUGGCUAUUAUGUAAAUAAUAAUGGAUGUACCUAAUGUCCAAAUGGUUGCACAUCUUGUGUAAGUAACUCAUAGUGCAAUUAAUGUGCAACUGGAUUUUAUUUGGAUGGAAAUACUUGCACAAAUUGCACUAAUUCAUUAACUAAAUGUUUGGCUUGUAUAAGUACUUCAACUUGUACAAAUUGUGAUGUUGGAAAUUUCCUUGAUGGAAAUAGUUGCACAUAAUGUCCAAGUACUUUGAGUUCUUGUAGUGCCUGUAAAAGUAAUACCAUUUGUAUUGCCUGUAAUUCAGGAAACUAUCUUAAUGGCUCUUAAUGCAGCAGUUGCAAUGAUACUAAUUGUCUUACUUGUACUGAUGCAAAUACUUGCAUCUCCUGUGCUCCUAACUAUAUGGUACUUAAUAAUGCUUGCACAAAAUGCACUGGGUAUUCUGAUAAAUGCACAUCGUGUUCUAAUGGAUACUGCAAUGGUUGUAUCGCCAAUUACUUGAUAUAAUCAGAUGGAACCUGUCUAAAAUGUCCUGAUAAUUGCUCUAAAGGGUGUAUUAAAAAUACAUAAGCAAACGCUAAUCCUACUACUUGCAACACUUGUCAAGAUCAAUACUAUUUAACCAGUAGUGGAUUAUGUGCUAAAUGUUAAAGUCCCUUUUUAAGAUGCAGCUAUGAUUCUGGUACUCAAUAAGUAUAUCCAACUUAAUGUGUAGAUGGCUACUUUUUAGUUAACAGAUCAUGCAUUAAAGCCUAAGAUGAAAAUACAUGCUCCAAAUUAUAUUAACCUAAUGAUGGCACUCAAAUUAACUCUUAAUUAUGCUAAGAUUGUUGGCCAUCUUAUUCAUAAAGUAAUUAGAUUUGUUAUAAAUGUUCUAAUUGCGCUGAUAAUAGUUGCUCAUUAGAUCAAAAUAAUAAACCUAUUUGCAGUUAAUGUGUCAAUUAUUAUUAUAGUGAUUCAAACUCCAUUUGUUAAUAAUGUGUUGCUAAUUGCAUUCAAUGCAAUGCUGCAGGAAUUGAAAACUGUCAAUAAUGUGAUACUGGAUAUUACAAGAGUUCAAAUGCUUGCAUUGCUUGUACUACCGAUAAUAACAAUAAGCCUACUUGUUUGAAUUGCUCAAAUGAAACCACUUGUUCUACAUGUUCAAACGGUUACUUUGAAUCUAAUGGAUAAUGCUUAGCUUGUCAAUAUGGUUGCAAUCAAUGUGUAUCUCCAGGCAAUGCUUGCACAGGUUGUAUUACUGGCUUUUAUUUAUAAAAUGGAGGUUGUGUCAAAGAUCUAGGAAAUUGUUUAGAAAAAUAAUAGAACCAGAACAACGGUUGCUAAAUCUGUGCCUAUGGUUUCUAUCCUAUUAAGGGUUGGCUAUCAUAAUAAGGUUAAUCACAAGUAGUUGAUACUUCUUGUUUAUAAUGUGUCAAUCCUUAAGCAGCAGUACAUAUUAAUUAUUAUCUAGUUUGUUUGUCGAACUAACCCAUCAGACAACCAAUUUACGAGUGCUUCUUACGGAUCCAUUCCUUCAUUAAAAAAUUUAAAUUAUUUUAAGACUGCUGCUCCUUUAGGAUCAACGAGACAGACAAGUCCAUAAUGUAAACUUGGAUCUUUCUGGACUCAACAAAGUUGCAUGCCUUGCCCAACAGUAAAUAAUGGAAUUUGUAGCAGUUGUAAUAACUUUACAAGUUGCACUUAAAUUUAAUGUAAUGUUUAGUAUCAAUUAAUCACAAUCAAAAAUGUUUAAUAAUGCGCAUAAAUACCUACAGGAUGUACAGAUAUUUAGUAUUCUGACAAAAUGAUAUCAUUGGCAUGCACUAAAUGUAGUGCUGGAUACACUUUAAUUGGUAACAUUUGUAUAUCAGUUAAUGGAUGUUUGACAAUUGAUUAGAAUAAUGGAGCUUGUUCUUCAUGUAUUAAUGGCUAUUACUUUAAUUGGGAUUUCGUAUUAACAAGUCCCAACACAUAAUUGUCAAUUAAUACUUAUUACUAUCAAUAUUUCAAUCCAUUUUGUAGUAAAUGUAAUGCAGGUUGUGCCAUAUGUCCAUCAUAAUACACUUGUACUCAAUGUUUACCUGGAUACUUUUGGUAUCAAUCAACCCUAACCACAAAUCCAUAUUCCUUUAAGAGUUAUACAAAUGCCUAAACAAAUGCCUCUGGCCAAUGUGUUGCAUGUCCUAAAAAUUGCUAAACUUGCACGAGUGCAACUGUUUGCACAGCCUGCAAUACUAAUUUUACUGUAGAUCCUAAUUCAACAAAUGGAGAUUGCAUAUGCUCUUCGCCUUAUACUUACAAUUAAACAAAUUAAAGUUGUACUUUACUAUCUUCUGGUAAUACUACUUGCUCUUUUGGAGGAUGCAUCUAGUGUAAUUCUGAUAACACAUAAUGUCAAGCAUGUAGACCUUAAUAUGCAUUAACAGGUCCAACAUCAUGCACUUAAUGUUUGAAUUGCAACUAGUGUUCUCUUUAAAUUGGAACAUCAAAUCCAACUUGUUUAGAAUGUGCUGAUGGAUAUUAUAAAGUUUAAGCAUAUGAUGGAGCUCCUAUCACUUGUUAAUUAUGUUCACAAUCCUUGAAUAAUUCUUUAAGAUGCUAAGGUGUCUUAGAAAAUCAAACUCAAUUAACCGUCAUCUAAUGUGUGGAUAACUACUUUUUAUUUGGAAAUGCUUGCUAUUAAGUUGGAAACUCCAAUUGCUUCACGAUCUCCAAUACCAAUAGUCAAUCUUGUCAAUAAUGUCUUCCUGGAUACACUUUGUAUGGAAAUAAUUGCGAUCAAUGUAAUACUAAGAUUCUAAAUUGUUUGACUUGUAUUUCGAAUUUGGAUCAGAGUGGAUUAAUCUGUCAAUCAUGCAUAAAUGGAUAUGUUCUGAAUACUAAUACAAACUCCUGUCAAUAAUGUCCUCCUGGAUGUUAAACCUGCAAAGUUACCGGUACUGAUGCUCCAUAUACACUUUCCUGUAAUACUUGUGCUGAUGGAAAUUAUAUUGACGGUAAUGGAAAUUGUUGGGGAUGUCCUUUUGAUUGCAAAUCAUGCGAUUCAAAAUAUGUAAUAAAUUUAUUCUCUAUCAUUUAGAAUUGUAAUACUUGUAAGGAUGGGUAUUACUUAGUACAAUCUUCAAUCACAUUCAAUACCAAAUCAUAUGUAUUUAAACCUUGUUAUCCAUGUUAAAAUAAUUGUGCAACCUGUACAGGACCCACUGGAAACAUUUGUUAAACUUGCAAAGCUGGAUUUGUUCUUCAAAAUGGAGGCUGCAUUGAUUUAACCUUGAAAAUACAAAAUGAUCAAAAUAACUAUAGUUUGGCUAAUUGUUACUCCUCUGAUUCCACAGGUUGUACAGUAUGCCUAGCUGGAUUUUUCUUAGAUUCCUAACGAGUUUGUCAAGAAUGUGUCUCUCCUUACAAUAACGUAUUCAAUUUCUCAUUAUGACUUAGUUUGUCUGUGGCCUCAAGGCAGUAUCUUCGACUACACCAACUGAUAAUACAAGUGGCUAAACCGAUACAAGCAAUCCAAGCAGAAAUACAACUACAAAUUAGAUUGAGAUAGGUUACAAUCCAACCUAGCCAAGCAGUCUGAGUUAAAUAUUGGUAGCAAUACUAAUUCAUAUGAUAUAAUGAGA